AUGUUUGCAGAACCGUUGCUAGUUUUCAUUAAUUUCUUUUUAUUUUUCUUCUUUAUAAAUAUUUACUGCUUUUCGUUUCUUCAUCCGUCUUUUCUUUCUUUCUUUCUUUCUUUCUUUCUUUCUUUCUUUUACCUUUCUCAUUUUUUUCUUCUUCAUUCCGUUCUCGCUUUCUUUUUUCUUGUACGUUCAAAAUUGUUUCAUUCAUUUCCGAGCAAUUUAAUCAACCCAGAAAAUUAUAAAACUAUCCUUCCUUUCAUCAUUCUUAUUUUUCUUUUUUCUUUCGGUUAUUUUCUUUCUUCAUUCUUUCUUUUUUAUUUCUUUCUUUCUUUAGUUCUUUCUUUCUUUCCUUCCUUUAUCAGUCUGAAUUUUUCUUUUUCUUCAGUUCUCGAUUUCUUUUUUUACUUUUUCGUACAAAAUUGUCUCAUUCAUUUCCCAGAAAUUUCAUCAUCCCAGAAAAUUAUAAAACUUAUCCUUCCUUUCAUCAUUCCUUCUUUCUUUCUUUCUUUCUUUCUUUCUUUCUUUCUUUCUUUUAUCGGUCUGAAUUUUUUUCUUCAGUUCUCGAUUUCUUUUUUCUUUUUCGUACAAAAUUGUUUCAUUCAUGUCCGAGCAAUUUCAUCAUGCCCCAAAAAUUAUAAAACUUUCCUUCCUUUCAUCAUUCAUAUUUUUCUUUUUUCGUUCGUUCGUUCUUUCUUUCUUUCUUUCUUUCUUUCUUUCUUUCUUUUAUCGCGCGCUUUACAAAUCAAUGCCGACUGCUGCUUCGUCGUUAUCAUUUACAGCGCCUUUUUUCUUAUAGCUUUCUCUCUAGUUUCACUUUCGCUUUUGCUGUGUACGAAGUUUUUCUUUUUUGAAGACUGUAUAUUUCUUCUGUCUCUUCUCUCUGUUGUUACUGUUUCACUUUUUUCUUCAUCUUUUUUAUUUUCUUGUUUGUACCUAUACACUGCUUUUUGUUUCUUCUUUCGCUUUUUUCUUUCUUUCUUUCUUUCUUUCUUUCUUUCUUUUAUCUGUCUCAUUCUUCUUUUCAUUCUCGCUUUUUUUCUUUUUCGUUCAAACUGGUUUCAUUCAUUUCUGAGUAAUUUCAUUAACCCAGAGAACUCUGAAAAUUCCUUCCAUUCUUUCUUUCUUUCUUUUUUCUUUCUUUUUUCUUUCUUUCUUUUUUCUUCCUUUUUUCUUUUAAUCCAUUUUUCUCUUCCUUUUCUUUUUUAUACAUAUAGACCACAUUUUUACUUCUUCUUUCAAAAUGAUGAAAUUUCUUUUUUCCAUUCUUUCUUUCUUUCUUUCUUUAUUUUUUCUUUCUUUCUUUCUUUCUUUUUUCUUUCUUUUUUCUUUCUUUUUUCUUUCAAUCCAUUCUUCUUUUCCUUUUCUUCUUUAUACAUAUAUACCGCUUUUUGUUUCUUCUUUCGCUUUAUACUUUUUCUUUCUUUCUUUCUUUCUUUUUUUCUUUCUUUCUUUCAACCCAUUACAUUUAAUUCUCUUUUACCUUUCUUUUUUCUUUCUUUUCGUUUAACUUUCUUCUUCCUUUCAUUUCAUUUACCUUUCCUUCUUUCUUUCUUUCUUUGUUUCUUUUUCUUUUUUCUUUCUUUACCUUUUCCUUCCUUUCUUUUCAUUUAUCUUUCUUUCAUUCUUUUUUUUUUUACUUUUCGUUGUUUGUUUCUUUCUUUCUUUCUUUGCAUUUACACCAGCCGUCAACCCUUUGAAAAACCUUGUCUUUUGCUGCGCUCAACACUCCAUAUGUCUCACCUUCUGCUUUCUCGCCAUCUCUUACUCACAUAUCAACACCCACGUCUCCGUUCGGCUGGGCAUCACUUAUCUCCUCUCUUCCAUUUCCCCGUAUUCCAUCCACCUGUGACAAGCUUCUUUACUCAAGUUAAUCUCACGCCGACCGAUUAUCAGAAGGAAUUGAUUUCGCGACGCAUACUCCACAGCGUAGAUACGUACUGUGUAGAGCAUCUCUCUCUCUCUCUCUCUCUCUCUCUCUCAUUAUGUAUAUCUAUCUAUCUAAUACUCUUCAUAUCUAUCUAUUUAAUACUAUUCAAACUUUUCUUUCUCUCUCUCUCUCUCUCACUCUCUCUCUCUCUCUCUCUCUCUAUCUAUCUAUCUAUCUAUUUAUCUAUCUAUCUAAGGCUAUUCAUACCGAUCAAUUAA